UAUACUGGCAUCCUGUAUCGUAUCCUGUGUUGUGCACUUCCAGUUAGUUGCUCUGCAAAUUUUCCUGUGAUAAAUCUCAAGUAUAUAUACCAGUUAGCGUGUGAAUAAUUCCCGGAAGAGCAUCCUUUCACCUUUGCCUGGAAAAUUCAACUCUGUGACACAUAUCAGUAUGUGUAAAACCAAUGAUCAUUAAAACUCUAAUAGCAGCCAGUAUGCCUUGGACAUAGGAUGAGAAAGCUUUAUUGAAAAGUUCGUACAUGCUGAGCUGAUUCUGGGAAUCACUGGAUCUGAGAUAUCAUCUUGGUCAUCACUAUCUGCUAUUAUUUUUGUGCUAGCUUCUUUUAGCAUACUGUAUAUGCUGGACCAGCAAGUUUCCAGUAUUAAACAUGGCUGGAAGCUUUGAUCCAAAUGAUAAAAAUAGUUGGUAUUUUGGAGCAAUGGGUCGCGAUGAGACCAAUAGGAUCCUGCUUGGGGAGAGGGAGGCAGGAGUGUUCCUUGUGCGAGAUAGCUCAACGAUUCCUGGAGACUAUGUUCUCAGUGUCAAAGAGGAUAACAAAGUGAGCCAUUACAUCGUGAACAAAAUCCAAGUGGAAGAGCAGGUGAAGUUUCGCAUCGGGGACCAGGUGUUUCCAGACUUCCCGAGCCUAUUGCGAUUUUACAAGCUGCACUAUUUGGACACAACGCCAUUGAUACAACCGGCAACGAAAAAGUCUGAAAAAGUAAUAGCCAGAUAUGAUUUUGAUGGAAGAGAUCCUGAUGAUCUUCCCUUCAGAAAGGGAGAGGUGCUAGAGAUUGUGAGUAAGGACGAGCAGCAGUGGUGGACGGCACGAAACAUGCAUGGCCAGACUGGCUCUAUUCCAGUUAAUUAUGUACAAAAGUUUGAUGAAACUCAGGAGCAGUUGGCACAGAGGCUGUCUUACCAGCAGCAGCAGCAGCAACAGCAGAGUCUGACGCCGACACGAAAUUCGAUCGGAUCCCCAGAGUCACGUCUGCCUUCAGUCGAGAGAAAGUUGCCGGCAUUAGCAAGAGUCAAGCAAGCAAGAAAUCCAUGUGCAUACGACAAUACUCAGCUGAAACUAGAGGUGGGGGAGGUGAUAAAGGUGUUGGAGAUGAACCUGAGUGGGCAGUGGAAGGGCGAACUCAACGGAAAGGUGGGCCACUUCCCGUUCACACACGUCGAGUUCAUAGACGACAACGAGAACGAGGAGGACACUGGUUGUUGACUGACUCCCCGUACGGAAAGCCCUGCAGAUGCUUCGCGAUGAGCAUGUCAUGAUCAAUCCUUGCUGCAACUGGAUGCGGGCCGGCUAUUCCAGAAUUCACCUGCCUGUGUGCCGAAUGCUGAGGCUGUUCUGCUUUCGCUCACGACGCCGUGCACAGCAGCUGCUGCAAGUUUAGUGGGUAGAGCAAAUUUGGAUCAACUUGAUAUUCUCUAUGACCCUGCACCAUUGCUUCCUGGUAUGUAUAAAUGAGUGGAUCGAGGACCGUGGCAAUAUUUGUGCAUAUGCGCCAUCGUGGUAAUGGCGACAUCUUACGAGUCACAGAGACGGCUUGCUGCACUGGUGCAGCACUCCGAGAAAUGUGAAGUGAACAAAGUGUAGUGAAAGAGCUAAUGCGAUGGAGGUGUCUCUGCUUCACGUGAUGAUCGUUUGAGGUCGUUAGCAAGACCAGGAAGCCCCGCCAUACAUGUCAACCGGCGUGGAAUUUGAGCACUGUAGCAAUAACCACGAUGGUUUUCCUGCGCCAAGCAUGCAAAUUGGUUUGCUAUGCAGUGGUCUGUAGCACUCAGCCAGCAUCCACGCAGACGGACUAAUGCCUGGAAUUGCUGCUGUUCAGUGCCGUUCACAUACAGGCUACUAGGAGAACAAGACUUGUCUGUGUGUGAUCAGUUUCUUGCUAGGCUUCAUUCGUUUAUUUCACUCGGUGGACGAGUGAGAAAAAGGUGUCCGCGAUGGCAGUUUUGUUUGCUUGCCCCCUAUGUAAUGCGUCGAUUGCUUUAACUUCUCCACGUUUUAGUUUGGAGAGCAUGCAGAAUGGAGAGACUUGAUUUGCUUGGUUGCCAAAUUCAUGUGUUUGUAAUUAGUUUUCACGAUUCUUUGUGUUAAAAAGUGCCUACCUAUGUUCUCCAACUACGUAGAUUGUGAUAACUUAAUGCUGACUCCAUGUUGCUCUAGUAUUUCACGUGGUUUGUAUCGUCGCUAUUUUGCCACUGGGUUGCUGAAACAGAUUGACCAGUGGUAGUGUCUCCAGGGUUUUCAACAAUCAUUAUAAGUAUAACUAUAGGUAGCAUAAUUAUGUUGUUACAUUAACGACUGAAUCAUAAUGUAAAUACAUGGCUACUUGUAUAUGCACUUGAUAUGAACCAUUCAGCAUACGUUGCUAUAGCAAAUAAACAGUUGUAUAGGUUAUUUAAAGAAUGAAUUUUAUUGUGUAGUUUUUACCAUUUUUAGAGAGUAUGUUGGACAACGUGCCAGUAUGUUCUUUCCAUUACGAUAAUUGUUGGAGUCUGUGUUGCUUAAGUUAUUUCUGGUUGCAAUGCAGAAAGAGGAUAUUCAAUUAUGUAUUUUGCUGCAUGUAUAAAUGGGAUGCUGAUAUGUCAAUGUACAAAUUACCAGUCGUUUAUUAAUUAUGCGAAAAUUCUGUCAACACUGGGCUGGCGAUUUUGAAAGAAAGUACACCUUUCUCGUUAUGGUACUGUGUCUAUUUAUGGCUGUGAUUUCUACCAAUUUAUUGGGCAUAAUAAUGGAGAGGUACAGAAGUAGGCUCGAUACAGUUAUUUGCGAUAUAUGAUGAGAAUCUUGCAUUCUUGUCUGCUGUAGUCUUAAUUAAAUGUUAAAGCUUUUUUUCUGAAUGCCCAAACACUUACGACGGACAGACGCCAACAGAACGUCUUGUUGCAACAGUGCCUAAUGUUAACCGUUCAUCUCAAACUCUGAAACUAGUUGCUUUCGGAAUGUAAAGCAUGAAAAAAAACUACAAUAUUUCAUAGUUUGGGCUAACAUUGUAGUGUCAAGAGUUAUUUAUGUUGUAUAGCCAAUGUUUCCAAUUUUAUGGUAACAACAGAGCAAAUCAUAGACAUUUAGUGUGUGCAUUUUUGCAGGAAAAUCUAGCUGCAUAACAAAUGCAUACUGAGAAUAGGUAGCGUCUGCUUCAUCGUGGUCUCGGUUGGAUUGGUUACAUUGAAUUUUGCUGGUGUUUACGUAUUUAAACGUAUCAGUAAAGUGAAUGGUUAUGCCUAUUUGGGGUCUGUGCUGUGAGAAUUAAGGUUAGAUGUCACUGCGUAUCAGUGCGCGCUGCUUAUUCGUGCAUUAUCAACCAGGUCAUGCACGAUCUAAUGCUGUUGUGAGAUUCGUGAACCUAUUAAAAUACCUAUAAAUGUUUACCCUGUGGCCCAUUCCCUAUGUUUGCCUAGGCGGGGACCGAUGCUAUGCUGGUUGUUGUAGCCUUCUGUGGGGCGUUUGAUCGCGAUGUAGAUAUUGACCAGGUCAGUUCACCUACGAAUUUGGGCAAGGUAUUGGUAACUAUUGCAGUUUGAACAUAACGAGUUUCAACAUGUGCUUGUAUUUGAACUAUCCAAUGAUAUCUCAGCGCUGGUAAGAAAAGAUUGUGGGGCUUGUUCAUAUAUUUAAUUUAAAUUUUCUUGAAUAUUUUAUCAGUUGGGUGUGAGAAAUUAAUCUAUUGUCAACAGAGGUGUGGAUUGCUUGUCUACCAUAAUCUAUUUUAAUUCGUAUUGAUGCUUUUAAUAAUAAACUUUCCAUCUUGUAAUUGAACUGGACAUAUUGCGGCAAAAUUAUGAUAUAAUAAUGGGGAUAAAUAGAAUAAUGUACAUAUUUUAGUUGUAAUUGUUAGAAAAUGUUGUACUGCUUUAUGAUAGUUAAUAGGUGUUGCAUAACGUUUUAAAUAAAUACCUGUUCAAUUUUUUUGAAA